AAAUAUGAUAAAGGUACGACAUUUUAAGACUACUUCACCAAGGUAAGUAGGAAUUUAAUUUUAUAGGCAAUGCAUUUGAAUGUAGUGGACCUGAAUAUGUUUAAAAUCAAAUACUGGCACUUGUUGUGACUGCAUCAUAUAUCUUUUGUAUAUCAAUCCCCACUAACAAGUUUAACUGCAUCGUUAUAUAAUAGGAUUACAUGACCUUAGACAAUACAUAUAAAAAGGGUAUGUUAGUGAAUAAAAAUUAUUAGUUAUUUUUGUUGUAUUCAGUCAUUGAGUGCAACAUAGGUAAAUUUAUGAAAUCAAUGGCAGGGAAAAACUAUAGUGAUAAUAAUUAUUAAUUAACAAUAGUAGUGUAAAAAUAUAAUUUUGUAAUAUUUAUAUAUCACUGUGGAAGAAUAAUAUUCGUUUUUAAUUUAGAUCAAGCGUGUGUAAUUAAGACUAAAUUUAUUAAUGAAUAUAUUAUAAUACUAUAAAUACUGUGUUUUAUGUUUAUAUAAUAGAAUCAUUGUUUAAUACAGCCUUAAUUCAUUGUAUUUUAAUUGUAAAAUGAUUGACGUAAUUGUUUACUUAAGUGUUGCUAUUCUUGUGGUUUUGUGGUGUUACUUCAAAUGGAAUAACAGGCAUUUUGAAAAAUUAUCAGCUAGAAUGCCGGGACCUCAGUCGUACCCAAUCGUUGGGAUAGGACAUCAAUUUUUUGGAUCACAAGAACAGGUCAUGAGCAAAGUAUUUGAGCUUUUGAAAGAUUACAAUACGCCAGGGCCAUUUAGUUUUUGGUUAGGACCAUAUUUUGCAGUUGUCAUCACUAAACCAGAAGACUUACAAAUUGUCUUAAAUAGUUCAAAGGCACUCCAGAAAGGCCGAAUGUACGACUUUUUUAAGAUCCUUUUAGGUGAAGGUUUGUUUACGGCACCAGUUGAUAAAUGGCGGAAACAUCGUCGCAUGAUCACGCCCGCAUUUAAUGCAAAUCUUUUGGAACAGUUUUUCCCCGUGUUUAACGAAAAAAAUAAAAUUUUUAUCAGGAAUAUUACAAAGGAAUUAAAUAAAACACAAACUUUCGAUCUCUGGCACUAUAUUGAGGCCGUUGCUCUUGAUACUAUUUGUCAAAACGCUAUGGGUUACAAUAUUGACACUCAAUCAAAUAAGAGUGAAUUCGCCGAAGCAAUUGUACGAGCAACAGAUUUAGGCGCGACGCGAAUUUACAAACCAUGGUUAUAUCCGGAAAUCGUGUUUUCAAUGUAUUUGAAACUCACUGGACAGCAAAAAAUCUUCGAAACAGUAAAAGAAUUCCCAUUACAAGUGAUCAAGGAAAAAAAAGAUGAAUUUGACCAAAGAAAAAAAGCAAUUGACGCUAAAUCAGUUGUUACAGACAAUGAAGAUGAUUAUUGUUUAGAAAACCAAUCAAAACUGUUUUUGGACAUAUUGUUAAAACUGAACAUAGAAGGAGGAAACUUAUCAGAAAACGAUAUUAGGGAUGAGGUUGUAACAACGAUGUUCGGGGGUAGUGAUACCGGUGCUAUCACAGUCUGUUUUUGUCUUUUGAUGUUAGCCAUACAUCAAGAUAUCCAAGAUCAAGUAUACGAUGAAAUUUACGAAAUAUUUGGCAAAAGUGAUCAAGAAAUAUCUAUUGAAGACACUGUUAGACUUGUGUACUUAGAAAAAGUUUUAAAAGAAACCCUUCGAAUGUAUCCUGUGGGGCCAGUGCUACUCAGAGAAGUUCAAGAAGAUCUAAAAAUAUUUUCAAAUGAUUACGUACUGCCAAAAGGAACAACAUGUGUUAUAACCCCAAUAGGCACACAUCGUAAUCCUGAUUUGUACCCGAAUCCUGAAAUAUUUGAUCCUGAAAGAUUCAGCCCUGAAAAUAUCAAAAAACGUCAUAAAUAUAGCUUUAUGGCUUUUAGUGGUGGUCCAAGAGGUUGUAUAGGAUCUAAAUAUGCCAUGUUGUCGAUGAAAGUACUUGUGUCAACAUUCUUGAGACAUUUCAGCGUACACACAGAUGUCAAAUUAACAGAAAUUAAGUUAAAAUUAGGUUUAUUGAUGAGAAGUGUUCACGGUUAUCCUGUGACAAUUCGACCACGAGAUAGAAGACCAACACAUAAUAAGCGAAAUGGGACGCAGCGAGGAUAAUGCUUAAUCAUAUAGAAUGAUAUGGUGACUCAAAAUGCUAUGGAUUACAAUAUUGACACUCAAUCAAAUAAUAAAGAGUGUAAAUUCGGCGAAGCAAUUGUACGAGCAUUAGAUUUAGGCGCGAUGCGAAUUUACAAACCUUGGUUAUAUCCGGAAAUCGUGUUUUCAAUGUAUUCGAAACUCACUGGACAGCAAAAAGUCGUCGAAACAGUCAAAAAAUUUCCAUUACAAGUGAUCAAGGAAAAAAAAGAUGAAUUUGACCAGAGAAAAAAAGCAAUUGAUGAUAAAAUAGUUGUUACAGGCAAUGAAGAUGAAAACCAAUCAAAACUGUUUUUGGACAUAUUGUUAAAACUGAACAUUGAAGGAGGAAACUUAUCAGAAAACGAUAUUAGGGAUGAGGUUGUAACAAUGAUGUUCGGGGGUAGUGAUACCAGUUCUAUCACAGUCUGUUUUUGUCUUUUGAUAUUAGCCAUGCAUCAAGAUAUCCAAGAUAAAGUAUACGAUGAAAUUUACGAAAUAUUUGGCAAAAGUGAUCAAGAAAUAUCUAUUGAAGACACUGUUAGACUUGUGUACCUGGAAAAAGUGAUAAAAGAAACCCUUCGAAUGUUUCCUGCUGGGCCAUUAGUACUCAGAGAAGUUCAAGAAGAUCUAAAAAUAUUUUCAAAUGAUUACGUACUGCCAAAAGGAACAACGUGUGUUAUAUCCCUAUUAAGCACACACCACAGUCCUGAUUUGUACCCGAAUCCUGAAAUUUUUGAUCCUGAAAGAUUCAGCAAAGAAAAUAUCGAUAAACGUCAUAAAUAUAGCUUUAUUCCUUUCAGUGGUGGUCCGAGGGGUUGUAUCGGAUCUAAAUAUGCCAUGUUGUCGAUGAAAGUCCUUGUGUCAACAUUCUUGAGACAUUUCAGCGUACACACAGAUGUCAAAUUAACAGACAUUAAGUUAAAAUUAGGUGUAUUGAUGAGAAGCGUUCACGGUUAUCCUGUUACGAUUCGAUCACGAGACAGAAGACCAACAUAUAAUAAGCGAAAUGAGACUCAGCGAGGAUACCAGUCAUUGUAUUUUAACUAUAAAAUGAUUGACAUAAUUGUGUACCUAAGUGUUGUUAUUCUUGUGGUGUUGUGGUGUUACUUCAAAUGGAAUAACAGGCAUUUUGAAAAAUUAUCUGUUAAAAUGCCGGGACCUCCGUCAUACCCAAUCGUUGGAAUAGGACUUCAAUUUAUUGGAUCACAAGAACAGGUCAUGAGCAAAAUCUUUGAGCUUUUGAAACAAUACAAUAAUCCAGGGCCAUUUAGUUUUUGGUUAGGACAAUAUUUUGCAGUUGCCAUCACUAAACCAGAAGACGUACAAAUUGUCUUAAAUAGUUCAAAAGCGCUCCAAAAAGGAAGAAUGUACGAAUUUUUCAAGAACUUCGCAGGUGAAGGUUUGUUUACUGCACCAGUUGAUAAAUGGCGGAAACAUCGUCGAAUGAUCACUCCAGCAUUUAAUUCAAAACUUAUGGAACAGUUUUUCCCUGUUUUUAACGAAAAAAAUAAAAUUCUUAUCAGGAACGUAACUAAGGAAUUAAAUAAAACACAAACGUUCGAUCUUUGGGAAUAUAUUGCACCAGCUGCUCUUGAUACUAUUUGUCAAAACGCUAUGGGUUACAAUAUUGACACUCAAUCAAAUAAUAAAGAGUGUGAAUUCGGCGAAGCAAUUGUACGAGCAACAGAUUUAUGUGCGAUGCGAAUUUACAAACCAUGGUUAUAUCCGGAGUUCGUGUAUUCAAUGUAUUUGAAAUUCACUGGACAGCAUAGAGUCUUCGAAACGGUGAAAAAAUUUCCGUUACAGGUGAUCAAGGAAAAGAAAGUUGAAUUUGACAAGAGAAGAGAAGCAAUUGAUGCUAAAAUAGACAUCACAGGCAACGACGAUGAAAACCAAUCGAAACUGUUUUUGGACAUAUUAUUCAAACUGAACAUUGAAGGAGGAAACUUAUCAGAUAAUGAUAUUAGGGAUGAGGUGGUAACAAUGAUGACUGCGGGCAGUGAUACAAGUUCUAUCACAGUCUGUUUUUGUCUUUUGAUGUUAGCUAUACAUCAAGAUAUCCAAAACAAAGUAUACGAUGAAAUUUAUGAAAUAUUUGGCGGGAGCGAUCUUGAAAUAUCUAUUGAAGACACUGUUAGACUUGUGUACUUAGAAAAAGUGAUAAAAGAAACACUUCGAAUGUUCCCUGUGGGACCAGUGAUUCUCAGAGAACUUCAAAACGAUCUUAAAAUAUUUUCAAGUGAUUACGUACUACCAAAAGGAACAACGUGUGUUAUACCCUUAAUAGCCACUCAUCAAAAUCCUGACUUUUACCCGAAUCCUUUGAUUUUUGACCCUGAAAGAUUCAGCCCAGAAAAUGUCGCUAAACGUCAUAAAUAUAGCUUUAUACCUUUUAGCGGCGGGCCAAGGGGUUGCAUAGGAUCCAAAUAUGCAAUGUUGUCGAUGAAAGCCACUUUGUCAACAUUCUUGAGAAAUUUUAGCGUACACACAGAUGUCAAAUUAACAGACAUUAAGUUAAAAUUAGGUUUAAUGAUGAGAAGUGUUCACGGUUAUCCUGUUACAAUUCGACCACGAGACAGAAGACUAACAUAUAAUAAGCGAACAGAGACUCAGCGAGGAUAAGGUGCAGUUAUAAUUAAUAAUACGAUGGCUCGCAUGUUUUGAAAAUUAUUGUGUUAUAUAUUAAUUAUAGUAUUAUGUACAGUUAUAUAUUAUUAUCAAAUACAACAAUACAAAGCAAUAGUGUAUUUCAGGAGAAUACUAGGCUAUGUAAUGAUGAUUUGUAAGCUUAAAUUUUGUAUUACACGUCUCAAUUAGUUACUUUAUGCUAGAUUAAAAAAAAAUUAACUCUAUAAAUAACAGUUAAAAAAAUGUUAAAUGCAUAUUAUUUGGAUUAUUUUUUACAAUUGUUUACUUUCGGUUGAUAUUCAUAUGCACCCAGUCACAUUUUUUCAUUGUGUAAUACAUGUGGUUAAUUUUGGACCACUACCUAGUUAUAUUUUCUUCGAUUUGUAUGACUAGUAAUUAAAUGAUGAUUGUUUAUGUUUUG